AUGAAGGUCUUCCAAAGCCUGUUUUUGAUUGGAGCCUUGGCUGUCAGCCAAAUUCAUUCUCGAGCUCUGUCCGAGGAUCUACCUACCCCGGCAGCUCUCGAAGAGCCUUCCACUGUAGCCGCUCGAUUUUUUGUCAGAAAGUCAGAAGAUCUUUCUACCACGGCGGCAUCUGAAGAACCUUCGUCUACUGCGGCAGUAACCGCUUUCAUUAGAAAAUCCGAGAGUCUUUCCACCACAGCAGCUUUCGAAGAACCUGCUUCUUCGGGAGUCGCGAGGUUUUUCGUCAAGAAAUCCGAAGAUCUUUCCACGACGGCCGCAUCUGAGGAACCUUCCUCUACUGCCGCCGUCACCGCUUUCAUCAGAAAGUCUGAAGACCUUUCAACCACGGCAGCAUUUGAAGAACCGUCUUCUUCGGGAGUCGCGAGGUUUUAUGUCAAGAAAUCCGAAGACUUUUCAACGACGGCAGAAGAGUCUUCUACUGCCGCCGUCACCGCUUUCAUUAGAAAGUCUGAAGACCAUUCAACCACAGCAGCAUUUGAAGAACCGUCUUCUUCGGGAGUCGCGAGGUUUUUUAUCAAGAAAUCCGAAGAUCUUUCCACGACGGCCGCAUCUGAGGAACCUUCCUCUACUGCCGCCGUCACCGCUUUCAUUAGAAAGUCUGAAGACCAUUCAACCACAGCAGCAUUUGAAGAACCGUCUUCUUCGGGAGUCGCGAGGUUUUUUAUCAAGAAAUCCGAAGAUCUUUCCACGACGGCCGCAUCUGAGGAACCUUCCUCUACUGCCGCCGUCACCGCUUUCAUCAGAAAAUCUGAAGACCUUUCCACCACGACAGCAUUUGAAGAACCUGCCUCCAAAGUUGCCAAAUCCGUCAAAAACUUCCCCGGCUUCCCUAAUAUUGUAGUGCCCAACGGUAGAACCCAAACGAACAGUGAGAGCACAUUCGAAAGCACUUUUAUCAACGGCACGGACUACAACGAAACCUCGGUCUCUGUCAGCGAGAGUCAAACCUCGGAAACCCACGAAGAAUACUCUAUCAACAUCACUUCGGGACCUAUUGGAGUGAAGUCGUCCGACAGAAAUCCCCGCCAUGUUCCCAUCAAGUCUUCUCCGCACGUUCCACUCUAUUCUCAGGAGUCGAGUAACGAAGGUGAGAAACCUAUCGAAAAAUGAUUAGUUCAUAGAAUUGUCUCACAUUUCAGAAGAAAAUGGCGAAAAUAGCCCAACUGCACAAGGAGAAGGCGUAAUCUGGGUUGGAAACGAGCCAAUUCCCAAAGAAGCUACUUCUACUAGAACUCCGGCUCCGGAAGACAGUUUCGAAAGAAAAUAACAAGGUAACCAUUUUCUGAGGAAAUUUAAUACGAAAACUCCGAUUUUCAGCCCGUUUUCGCAAUAG